UUGAACUACUAUCAUCGCACAUUGCAACUACUUACUUCUGUCAAUGGCGAAUUGUUUACUUAUUACAUAAAUUCGAAUAAAUCCAAAUUUGGCCCAUGAUAUUCCAUAAAUUACAAAUUACUUGUGUAAAACAAUUAAGGGAAUCCAUUAAAGGCUAUCAGUUACCAUCCUUCUGCAGUAUAAAAUUACAGAAAUGUACAGAAUGUUGUGAAAUGAGGGUAAUAUGGGAAAGAAACUGCGCCAUUACGAUUUAAUAAUAGCCGGCGCCACUUCAGGAUUCCUAACUCGCGCUACGUGUCAGCCGUUGGAUGUCAUCAAAAUUCGGUUUCAACUGCAAGUCGAGCCAAUUUCGUACAGGAGGACAUCAAAGUAUCACUCAAUUUUGCAAGCCACCUCCCUAAUAGCGAAAGAGGAAGGUCUGAAGGCAUUAUGGAAGGGGCACGUUCCGGCCCAGUUGUUAUCGAUCACCUACGGGAUGGUACAGUUUUGGUGCUUUGAUACUUUAAUGAAUCAAUCGAAAUUGCUUCCGUUAGACACUAGGUAUAAGCCUAUAGUGACUUUCCUCUGUGGUUCGAUUGCAGGAUGUAGCGCUACACUUGCAUCAUUUCCUUUUGAUGUUGUUCGGACACGAUUAGUAGCCCAAGGGGAAAAGAAAAGGUUGUAUUCUGGAGUAAUUGACGCUUUUAGAUACAUUUUAAAAAAUGAAAGUAUUUUGGUAUUGUACAGAGGUAUUUUACCGACUUUUAUUCAAGUAGCACCGCAUGCUGGUGCGCAAUUUCUCAGUUAUAGGGUUUUCGAUAAUAUGUAUCGUGCAUUUUUCAAUAUCGCUCAGAAUACCUAUACACUUCCAGGUAAUUUGGUAGCGGGGAGUUUAGCCGGGUUGGUUGCAAAAACUCUUAUAUAUCCAUUUGAUUUAGUAAAAAAAAGAAUGCAAAUUCAAGGGGUACAUGAGCAUCGUAAGGAGUUCGGUGCUGUGUUUUCUUGUAGAGGAAUGAUCGACUGUUGUAGGAAAAUAUUAAGAACAGAAGGACCUUUUGCUCUUUUUAAAGGUUUAUAUCCUAGUCUUUGGAAGGCGGUGUUUACAACUGCAAUGCACUUUGCCACCUAUGAAGGUACAUGUAAGAUAAUCUCAGAUUUUCGUACUUAAUUUCCAGUCAUUAUAGUCAAUGUUAAGUUUAUUUAUUGUUAAUUUAAAAGUUACUGUAUUGAAUUAUCCUGAGAUGUUCUAGAUAAGACUGCCAUAUAUUUUUGUUGU